GGGUGGCAAGACUGGUUCUUCCACAAAAGUUUUGCAGCCAGUUCUGCAGAAAAUUACGAAUUUUGAAUGAAAACAAAAACCAAAGAAUACGCGUCGUGAUGCAUAGAACUUGAGAACGGACCAGCUACGUACGGCUCCAAAUUAAAGUGCAAUUAAUUUUAUAGUUUAAUAGAACGGACAUUUUUCCCCGAGACAGGUCAGGGCAUCGAGUUCAUUCGGCAUUGUUCUAAAUGCCGAUUAUCUUCUCUGCAUACACAUGUAUGUACGUUCUUAGUUUAGUUAGUUAAAAAACUGCGGCGGAAAGAUGAACGUCAUCUACUUGUUAGUGCUCAUUUGGCUGGCCCUUUUGAUAUGCAGCGGAGUGUUGUUGUUUUCUCGUGGGUUUCUUCUUGCCCGCGUCUCCAAAACGGAAACGAGCACUUGCCGCCGCCUCUCCACGAACCACAAUGACGAGUAUAUGCUCACACCUGAGGUUGUGAACGAAAUCUUUAAGGACGUCAAUGCCUCGUCCAACUUGUGUCUUCCACAAAAGUCAAAAGUCAUUAUCCUAGUCGUUGAUGCGCUUAAAUAUGAAUUUGGCCUUUAUAAAAGUAACAUCACCGAACCGUUGCCUUAUGAGAAUAAACUGAGUGUCCUGCAAGAGCUCCUGGAGCGCAGUCCGGACCAGUCGCGCCUUAUGCGCUUUAAGGCGGACCCACCCACCACCACGCUGCAGCGGCUGAAGGGCCUUACAACCGGCAGUCUGCCCACUUUCAUCGAUAUUGGCUCGAACUUUGCAUCGCCCGAGAUCAACGAGGACAAUGUAAUCGAUCAGAUAGUCAAAAGCGAUCUGCCGUUGGUGUUCUUGGGCGACAGUACAUGGACCGAUUUGUACCCUCGCCGUUUUAAGCGCGCCUACUCGUAUCCCAGCUUCGACAUAUUCGAUCUGGACAGCGUUGACAAUCAAAUAAUGAAACACUUGCCCAAGGAGUUGGCUAGCGACGAUUGGCAGGUUCUCAUUGCCCAUUUUUUGGGUGUGGAUCACUGCGGUCACAAGCAUGGACCCCUGCACGAGGAGAUGGCUCGCAAGCUUACCGAAAUAAAUGAGAUCGUAAGCUCCGUGGUAAACGCCAUGGACAACGAAACGACGUUGCUGGUAAUGGGCGACCAUGGCAUGACAGCAUCCGGGGAUCACGGCGGCGACACUGAUGACGAAACAAAUGCUCUGUUGUUUGCCUAUUCCAAGCAGAGCAAGUUCUUUGGCAGCGAUUCGGGCUCUGAUAACGAAACACUGCAGCAGAUUGAUCUGGUUCCCACACUCGCGGCCAUUCUUGGGGUGCCCAUUCCGUACUCAAACUUGGGCCUGAUUAAUUUCAACAUCGUUCCCGAUGUGCCAGUGCCCCACUUGAGCAAGUUCCAAAUCCUGCUACUGCAUGCCUGGCAGAACGCGCAGCAAAUCUAUCGCUACUUCUUCAAGUAUGCCAUGGAAAACAGACGAACCUUUGACGUGCAGGAAAUGGACAAGCUGGAAACGGAGUUCAUCCUGCUCACCCACCGAGUCCAAACCAUUUACAACGGAGUCGCCUACAAGUCCUUUGUGAGAGACUUGAACGCCAGCUUGCGUGACGUUCUUAGCACCUGUCGCGAGAUCUGGGUCAAGUUUGAACCGACGCAGAUGUCCCAGGGGCUUCUCUUCUGUUUCCUGCCCAUAUUCUUCGCCUUUCUUCUGAUCAAUAACUCCCGCCCCGCAGACUACUCGAAUAUGUUCAAGCCCAAAGGAAUUUUCUACACUUACCUGCUCAAUCUCGCCGCAGGCGUCUUUGGAUAUCGCUACUACAAGAAUUUCUCCUUCAAGUCAGAAGAACACGGCGUGAUCUUCUUCACGGCUAUCACCAGUACCGUCAUUUUGGCGUUUUACACCUUGCAGCAUUGGACCAGUAUAGCCAGCAACUGGGCGAACGUCAAACGCUUUGGUCACAUGCCCACGCGACUGCUGCUCUUUUCCAUCAUGGCCGUGUUCUUCUCAAAUAGCUUCGUCAUUCAGGAGGCGAAGAUUUUGUCCUACCUUCUGGUGGCCGUUUUUCUACUGUUUUCCUACGAGCUUCUACAGCAAAGCGUCCGCUUCGAUUUUAGAAACAAGUUCAGGGCAUCCCAGUUCUUGCGCUCAACCGCUCUGCGCCUGAUCUUGGCCAGCAUAUUAGCCAUUUGCUUUAUCCGCUUUGCGUACACGCUAUUCCGCUGUCGCGAGGAGCAGGGCAACUGCACGGACUUUGCCACCAGCAAUACCUCGGGAUUCUCAAUCAAAAAGCCGGGUACAGGAAAAACAUACAUCCUUGCUGUCGUUAUAAUUGUGAUCUACACAACGCUUACGCGAUUGUAUCUGCGCUCCUGCGGCAAUCUGACGGGGAGCUCCCCGAACGUGCUACUGGCUCGGUAUGGACCGACGGUGGCCACCAUUUGCGCUGGCGGCCACGUGCUCCUGGCCAACAGCUCCAUCAAGAACAUACAACGCACUCACAUCGAUGCCAUGGCCUUGGUGAUCUAUGGUCUGCUGCUUUUGCAAAUCAUCGUCCUCAGCUUGGCGCCCCUGAUGACCUUCGUGCUGCCAAAACGCAACCCAAACAUUGUUACCGUCAACAGAAAUGACAGCAUUGUGCCAGAGAUAUUCAAAAAAAUGAAGCGCAUGUAUGAAGGCGACGAUGCCGAGCGACACACCGAAAUACCCAUUGUCUAUGGCCUGGCUACCGUCUACUCCUCCAUCACAAUUACCUUUGGCGUAUUCCUGGCCAUGACGAUGAUUGUUCUGCUGGAGCCGCGUGCCGCCAUCGGUUUGGUCGUUUGUGUGGCCAUUAGUGCCAUUCUGCUCAGUGUGCAGGGAAUUCUACGGUAUCGAACUGCCACCAGCUUUGAGAGCUGUGUACAGCCGACUUUCAUGGCUGUGGUGGGCUGGUUCCUGCUGGCACACUUCUGUUUCUUUGCCACAUCGCAUCAAACAACGCUGUCGCAGAUAGAUUGGAGGGCCGCCUUUGUGGGUCGCACCAGUGGCAUUGGCCAGUCGAACAUUAUCUCCGGUGCCUUGGUCAUCCUGAACACCUUCUGUGGCCCAAUUUUCUUCUUCUGCAUGUAUGCCCUUUUGAGCACGGAGACCUUUUCGCUCUUCGCACUUUUCCCAAAUCUCAUUCGGAGCUUCAGUAACAGCUGUCGCAGUGGCAGCAAAACAGAUGCAGCAGUUGCCAUGUCCGACAUUGCCAAUGAGGCGGUGGGCUUCGAUAUGACUCGUGGCGAGCUGACUUUGUACGAGUACGAGGAUGUCUUUCUGGGGGCCGGCUUCAAGCUCGCCACGCAAUUCUUUAUGCUACAGGGUCUAAAGAUUUUUUGCGCUAUGCUGGCCUGCACUAUACAUUGCAGACACCUUAUGGUAUGGAAAAUCUUUGCCCCGCGAUUUAUCUACGAGGCCCUGGCCACCUUUGUAAGCCUGCCGGCCCUCAUUGUGGGAUAUGUUCUGCUCCUGCGGAUCAAUCGCGCUGUGGACGAUCUUAUAAAACGCAUCAAUAAGGCCAAGACGCAAUAGUUGCCGUUGAUCCAAGCGCAGCCAUUUAACUCACUCCCAAAUAAAAUUAUUUAUUUAGAUUGUAA